AUGAGUACGUCACAUAGACCACAAUUAGAGGCCAGAAGUGGUGCUAAGGCAGCUGGUUAUUCAUCUACCUCCAUUGAGCAUGCAAGAUUACAACCAGGACACAAAACCCUAAAAUAUAGGCAGCAUAUAGCAGACGAGAUACCUCUAAGUUCUAACGAUAAGAGUAAUAAUACUAUUGUAGAAGAAAGUAGAAAGGUAGAAAGCCAUAAUGGAAGCGAUAACUUAGGUAAAGAAAUUGCGAAAGUGAUAACCGAUAAGGAGUUACUUCUUCGAGAAUUUAAACACGAGAAAGGAAAUCAUAUUAAAAAGGAGAAAGAUUUUGAUAGCAUACAGAAUAACCCACAAUCAAACCAAAUUAAAAAGGGUUGGAGGUCAAAAACAACCUUUUCUAGAAGGAAAAAUGGCAAAAAUGAUGAAGAUAAGGAUGGUUACGUAAAUAACAUCACAAAAUCAACUUAUCAUCAAGACUUUAUGAAGAAAAUUGUUAAAUAA